GCCCAGCCGAGCCCCGGAGCGGCAGCGGCGGCGGCGGCAGCGGCAGCGGCGGCAGCGUCAGCAGCGUCCGUCCCGGGCCCUCCGCGGACGAGGGCAGCGGCGCGGGGGGAUGGACCAUUGCGGCCCCGGAGGGGAGCUCCUGGCGGCCAUCGGCGAGCGGUGCCUGGGGCCCGACGAGGAGGCUCACGUGAAGGCGUCUCUGGGGAGCGGCGGCGGCGGCGGCGGCGGCGAGAUGGGCGUGUCCGCCCACUUGCAGUCGUCCAAGGCCGGCACGACCCGGUUCUUCCGCAGCAACACGCACAGCUCGGUGGUGCUGCGGGGCUUCGACCAGCUGCGCGGGGAGGGCUUGCUGUGCGACGUGAGCCUGGUCCCCGGCGACGGCGAUGAGGCGUUCCCCGUGCACCGGGCCAUGAUGGCCUCGGCCAGCGACUACUUCAAGGCCAUGUUCACGGGGGGCAUGAAAGAGCAGGAUCUCAAGUGCAUCAAGCUGCACGGCGUGAACAAGGUGGGCCUCAAGAAGAUCAUCGACUUCAUCUACACGGCCAAGCUGUCGCUGACCAUGGACAACCUGCAGGACACGCUGGAGGCGGCCAGCUUCCUGCAGGUGCUGCCGGCCCUGGACUUCUGCAAGGUCUUCCUCAUCUCGGGCGUGUCGCUGGAGAACUGCGUGGAGGUGGGGCGGCUGGCCAACACCUACAACCUGACGGAGGUGGACAAGUACGUGAACAACUUCAUCCUGCGCAACUUCCCCGCGCUGCUGCACAGCGGCGAGUUCGAGAAGCUGCCCUUCGAGCGGCUGGCCGCGGCGCUGGCCAGCAACAGCCUGAAGCACUGCGGCGAGCUGGAGCUGUUCAAGGCCGCGUGCCGCUGGCUGCGCCACGAGGAGCCGCGCAUGGAGCUGGCGCCCAAGCUGAUGAAGAACAUCCGCUUCCCGCUCAUGUCGCCGCAGGACCUCAUCAACUACGUGCAGACGGUGGACUUCAUGCGGGCCGACAACACGUGCGUGAACCUGCUGCUGGAGGCCAGCAACUACCAGAUGAUGCCCUACAUGCAGCCCGUCAUGCAGUCGGAGCGCACGGCCAUCCGCUCGGACAGCACGCACCUGGUCACCCUGGGCGGCGUCCUGCGGCAGCAGCUGGUGGUCAGCAAGGAGCUGCGCAUGUACGACGAGAAGGCCAACGAGUGGAAGUCGCUGGCGCCCAUGGACGCCCCCCGCUACCAGCACGGCAUCGCGGUCAUCGGCAACUUCCUGUACGUGGUGGGCGGCCAGAGCAACUACGACACCAAGGGCAAGACGGCCGUGGACACGGUGUUCCGCUUCGACCCGCGCUCCAACAAGUGGAUCCUGGUGGCGCCGCUCAACGAGAAGCGCACCUUCUUCCACCUGAGCGCCCUCAAGGGCCACCUGUACGCCGUCGGGGGCCGCAACGCGGCGGGCGAGCUGGCCACGGUGGAGUGCUACAGCCCGCGGAUGAACGAGUGGAGCUACGUGGCCAAGAUGAGCGAGCCCCACUACGGCCACGCGGGCACCGUGUACGGGGGGCUGAUGUAUAUCUCGGGGGGCAUCACUCAUGACACUUUCCAGAAGGAGCUCAUGUGCUUUGACCCGGACACGGACAAGUGGACCCAGAAGGCUCCCAUGACCACCGUCAGAGGGCUGCACUGCAUGUGUACUGUGGGGGAGAAGCUGUACGUGAUCGGAGGCAACCACUUCAGGGGCACGAGCGAUUACGACGACGUCCUCAGCUGCGAGUACUACCUGCCGGCCCUGGACCAGUGGACCCCCAUCGCCGCCAUGUUGAGGGGCCAGAGCGACGUGGGGGUGGCUGUGUUCGAAGAUAAGAUCUACGUGGUGGGGGGCUACUCUUGGAAUAACCGCUGCAUGGUGGAAAUAGUGCAGAAGUACGAUCCCGAGAAGGAUGAGUGGCACAAGGUCUUCGACCUGCCCGAGUCACUCGGUGGCAUCCGGGCUUGUACCCUCACCGUUUUCCCCCCCGAGGAAAACACGGGGUCCCCUUCCCGAGAGUCACCUCUUUCUGCCCCCUAAACCAGGGCUGUGCAUUCACUUCACGUGGGUCCUCUCUGGGUGUGGGGGGGGGGGGGGGGGGAGAGAGGGGUUGGGGGGAGGGUGGAAUCUCCUUUAUCGUCCUCGUCGUUUGCUAGUUCUUAGCUUAGCUUACCGUAGUUGGUACAGUGACUGAAAUGACGUCAUUUGUGAUGUUUGUGUGUUGUAGAAUGCUUCUCUGUGGUUAACAAAAGCAUCCUGAAUGUCUAUUCUCUAGAGAUGAAUGUUUAACCCAUGAAAAAGCAAGGUAUUGUCUCUAGCAGAUAUUCCAUUUCUGUGCAUCCCUGCUCUGUAUGACUGUGUGUUGGGUGGGAGGCCUCUAGGUGGGCCAGCUUCUAGGAGGAAGCCCAAUGAGUCACCUUGCCGAUGGGAUGUAGUCUAUGUGUGACCCUGUCCUGUGUGCUUCGGGGGGGGGGGUGUUUACCCUUUUGUUUUGUGACUGCUACAUGUUCAAAGGAGGCAGUUUGGGAUGAGCUGCUUCCCCGCCCCGCCCCCCUUUUCAUUGAGUACUUUGGCCAUCUCUCUCAGCCCCCCUGACUAGGUGAGAUCCAUUCUAAGCAGAGGAAGUUGUUUAGACAAGAAAAUGUCAUUGCAGAAAUAGUAAUGUCAGAAAAAAAAAUGCAUGGCCUCAUCCCUUUGCCCAGUUUCAGGGCUUUGAUUAUUGGUGUUACUGCUUUUGGUUUUUUUUUUCUUUUUAUGUUGGCACACUCAUAAAAAUACUGAAUUUUAAAAAUCCGAUGGUACUUCAAUGGAAUAGGAAAUGUGUUUUUUUAAGCUUUUUCCAAGAAGCAAUUUCCAAUAAUACCAGCUGUUAAUAUAUGGAAUUCAGUCUAGCUCUACUGAAUUGAGGAGAAUACGAGCUAGAAGCAUGUUCAAUGUGUCUAGAUAUCCCUGUUUUCUUUGGCUGAUGAGAUAACUUACGCAUUCCAUGCCUUCUCCAUGGUUGAUGUUAAUAAGGUUACAUAGCACAAGAUUCACUUUCAGCGGGAGAGCUGCUUUGCUCUGUGAACUCAGAAUUCCAUGUUUUAUUUUUUGUUCAAUAAAACUUUA